CUCACUGCCCUAACCUCUGUCCCGAAGUCUCGCUGCCCUAACCUCUGUCCCGAAGUCUCGCUGCACUAACCCUUCUCCCGAAGUCUCGCUGCGCUAACCUCUGUCCCGAAGUCUCGCUGCGCUAACCUCUGUCCAGAAGUCUUGCUGCGCUAACCUCUGUCCCGAAGUCUCGCUGCGUUAACCUCUGUCCCGAAGUCUCGCUGCGCUAACCUCUGUCCCGAAGUCUCGCUGCCCUAACCCAUCUCCCGAAGUCUCGCUGCCCUAACCCUUCACCCGAAGUCUCGUUGCCCUAACCCUUAUCCCGAAGUCUCGCUGCGCUAACCCUUCUCCCGAAGUCUCGCUGCCCUAACCCUUCUCCCGAAGUCUCGCUGUCCUCACCCUUCUCCCGAAGUUAAACUGAAGUCCUUGCUGCACUCCGCGCCCUUUUCAAACUGAAGUCUCUCCCACUCUCCGCAUCCCUCUAGCUUGUGUCUGCCCCCUCCACUAGCCUGUCUAUGGCCUCUUGAAGUUUAUCGUUAUGCUCUUCACAAUUCAUAAUCCUUCUAAAUUUUGUGUCAUCUGCAAAUUUUGAAAUUGUGUCCUCUACACGCAAGUCUAGGUAAUUAAAGGGAAAAAUGGUGCAAUUCAAGCCUUGAACAGGCUUGGGCUUUAUAGAGACUGAUUAAAUUAUUUAAGGCAAUGUAUUCUGCAGGAAAGAGGAAGCUACAUUUUUUGGCAGUCUGUUUCAGCAUUGGAAAAGGCAUGGGAGUUUCCUUUGAGUGGAAUUUAACUCCUCCAUUGGAAUCGGUAUAGUACCAGACCACUUAUAUAAAGAAUUGCUUAAAAAUUAUCCAGCUCUGUGGAAGCUGCUGCCUAAAAUGAAACCUGCAGGAAGCCGGGGAGUUCCGAUUUUCUCAAGAAGCUGGGCUGUUGAUAUUGGUCUGCCAAAGAACCAGGAUGUAAUAUGUGAUGCACUGCUUGUGGGCACAAAGAGUACUCCACUAUUGUACACCAUUGUCAGACGGGAAAGUGAUGACGUUUUCAAGUAUUCAAAAGACACAGCGUUUUCCAUUAAAAAAAGACUGGUGAAUCCAGGUGGUUAUACCGGAAAACAAUGCAUAAUUCCCAAAAUCCUUUGGUAUCCCAACAGUGAGUCAGUCAAAGACGAUAAUACACCUACAAUGCGAUUGGACAAUGUGAACAAGGCUAAGAGGAAGUUAGAAGUUCGGUAUCCAAGUGCUUAUGGCUCCUUAAGAAGUAAUGAUAUCAAAGCGUUGCUGAGAGCGCUGGCUAUUGUUCUAUUGAGUUUCAGAUCCUUUCUAAGUGACCAGCUUGGCUAUGAAUUUCUAAAUCUGCUAACAUUGGAGCAAUUUGAGAUUCUUCAUUCAAAACACAAUAUUGAGAAAUGCAAAAAACUCUUUGUGCACGGCCUUCCUGGAACUGGCAAAACAAUUAUAGCCAGGCAACUCAUUGAAAGAAUUAUCAACACCUUCCAAUGUUAAUGAGAUGAGGUUCUUUACAUUUGUGAAAAUAAUCCAUUGGAGAAAUUUAUGAGGCAAGAAACAAAUUGCACCUGUGUUACAAGGAAGAAAUUCAUGGAUUUCAAUUACCCAAUGGUGAAACAUAUUGUCAUUGAUGAGGCUCAAAACUUCCGCCUUGAGAAUGGUAACUGAUAUAUAAAGGCUGAAGAAAUCACAACAGCCAGAAAAACACAUCCUAAUGGGCCAGGGGUCUUCUGGAUUUUCAUGGAUUACUUCCAGACGUCCCAUACUUCACCGAAUGGAUUGCCCAGGGUUGAACUCCAGGAUCCACGAGAGGAAUUGACAAGAGGAGUCCGGAAUGCCAGGAAAAUACACGAGGUUGUAUGUUUAAACAUGAAUAAGAUUCUUGAGUCACCAAAUAACAAAGUCAAGUGUGAGUUUCUGAAAAGACUAUGUGAAAAUGCCAAUUGUGGACAUUCAUUUCCUGGGGAGGUUGAGCAAGGUAAAAUGACACAAGAGAUAGCCAAAUACAUCGGGGCCAAAAUAAAACAUUACCUUGAGACAGGCUACUCAACAAAACAGAUAGCUAUUCUGUGCAGUACAGAGAAAAAAUGCAGUGAUUACAGUUACCUGCUGCAGUGUGAGUUCAAAAGACUGAAACUAGACUGACGUUUAGUAAAAGCAGAUGAAAUAUUGGAGAUUAAUAUUCCUUUGGACACCGUUAUCCUGGACAGUGUACGCCGAUUUUCAGGUUUAGAAAAGAAAAUUAUAUUUGGCAUUGACCCUGUACCUCAUUAUGUACAGAGUGAACUAACUGCUAAUAUAUUAGUCUGCCUGGCCUCACGUGCUAUGACAAGGCUUCAUGUGUUAUAUGAUAAAUUAAGUAGGCUCUAGCCUUGAUUUUCGUCUACUAGCAUAGACUGUACCUGAAUGUUAUUGGUAGCUUUAUUGUCCAUCAAAAACUCAUUGUCCAACUUCAUAAAUGUAGCACCUGAUUCACAUUUGGCUGAGUCUGGGGGCACAUGAACAGCUGGAGAAGAAAAGUGAAUUAAAGGGGUGGAGUAAGUUAAAGUUUACACAAAAGGAGAACUUUUAACAUUUAAUAAUGGUCAAAAUUAUUAAAAUUAAAUGUUGAUUAGCUUUUGAACAUGUUUAUGGAAGCAAUCCAGAGACACUAAGUUGUGGACUUUAAGUAGUGUAAUAGUAGCAAUAAUUAUAGCAUGCAAAAAGAUAAAUAAUCAAAAUAGGAAGCAACAUCAUAAUGUUUAAGUACAAUUGCUGAUUUACUGAUGCUCAGUCAUUGAGUAUGUUCAAAGCAGAAGUCGAGGGGUUUCUAAAUACCUAUGACAUCAAGGAAUAUGGGGAUAGUGUGGGAAGAUAGCGUUGAGGUAGAAGAUCAGCCAGGGUCUAGUUAAAUUGCAAAGCAGGCUCGAGGGGCUAAAUGGCCUACUUCUGCUUCUGUGUUCUUUCUGAUGUCUUUGUGCUGUGUCAUGUAUGUAAUAUACAAUGCUGGAAGCCACUUUGCUGAAUGAAUUGUAAAAGCUUUUCAAGCACAUACUAUAAUCAUGUAAUUCUUUUAUUAUACUUUAAUGUAAUUCUGAACUGAUCAUGUUUGAUGGAUGUACUAUCUUAGUGCACGCAGAUGCAGUUAAAUAAGCUAAAGAUUUGCAAUAAAGUAGCCAAUAAUUGUA